AACAUGCAGCUGUUUGUUUUCCUUGCUUUGGCUUUGGCUGUGGCCGUGGCCAGCGCCGUGCCCACCGAGGUGGCCAACAAGCCCGUUCCCGUGAGGGACAUGCCAAGUGCGGCGAAGAUCCAGGGUCGGAUCACCAACGGCUAUCCGGCAUACGAGGGCAAGGUGCCGUAUAUCGUGGGCCUGAGCUUCAACGACAACUACUGGUGCGGUGGCUCGAUCAUUGGCCACAACUGGAUCCUCACCGCCGCCCACUGCACGAGAGAGGCCAACCACGUGCUGAUCUACUACGGCGCCAGCUUCCGCCACGAGGCCCAGUUCACCCACUGGGUGAGCCGCGAUGACAUGAUCUCGCAUCCCGACUUCAACGACCAUCUGAACAACGACAUCGGCCUGAUCCGCACUCCUCACGUUGACUUCUGGUCGCUGGUGAACCGCGUGGAGCUGCCCAGCUACAACGAUCGCUACAACAGCUUCGCCGGCUGGUGGGCAGUGGCCUCCGGCUGGGGGCACACCUCCAACGACAGCGGCAUGUCCAACUACCUGAACUGCGUCGACGUCCAGCUGAUGGACAACAACGACUGCCGCAACGUAUACGGCGAUAGCUACAUCACCGACAACACCAUCUGCAUCCAGACCCACGGCGCCCAGUCCACCUGCAACGGCGACUCCGGCGGUCCACUGGUCCUCCACGAGGGCAACCGCAUCGUGGGCAUCACCUCCUUCGGCCACUGGAACGGCUGCACGGCCGGCGAGCCCGCAGGCUUUACCCGCGUCACCGGCUACCUCGACUGGAUCCGCGACCACACUGGCAUUUCCUACUAGUCGCAUACGACUCGCAUACGAGUAACUGCAAUAAAUCAAUGAGUAUCAGCAAUAAUAAGUA